CACCACCAGCAUGGAGGCCGCGGCUUUACACCGACAUGACAAGCCGGCGCAGAAAGCAACCGCCAAGGGCCGGGAGAAGAGGACCAUGAGCUUCCAGGAUCUCACCCGGAGCUUCAGCCACUUCACCCUGCGUACGUCCUUCAGGAGGAAGUUUGGAGAACGCACUGGAUUCACUGGCAGUCGGACAUUGACUGUUACAAAGACGCUGGCAGCAUCAGAUGGAGAGCUGAAUGUAAUGGAGACGGAUGAGCAGGGGGGAGGCAGCAACACCAGUCUGCCCAGCGCACCCAAUGACCGAGCCAGCGGCAUGGACCAGACGGCCAGCUGGGCCGUCAGCUUUGAGCGGCUGCUGGAGGACCCCACCGGGGUGCGCUACUUCACCGCCUUCCUGAAGUCCGAGGUCAGCGCAGAAAACAUCUUAUUCUGGCAGGCGUGUGAGAAGUUCCGCAGGAUCCCCUCCACUCAGCCAGGCGAGUUGUGCCGCGCGGCUCUGUCUAUCUACAACACCUACCUCUCAGAUAGCGCUACUCUUCCAGUCAACAUUGAUGACACGGCCCGUGUGGAUGAGAAGACUCUCAGAGCUCCGCACUCAGACAUGUUUCAGAAAGCCCAACAGCAGGUGGUUCUCCAGCUGUAUCAGAGCUGCAUGCUGGCUAACGUGGAGGGCAGGCCCCUGCCGGACAUUGGGCCCCGCUCCACGGCCAGCGCAGCUAAAAGGGCCGCAGCUCCAGAUAACUACUCCCAGAGGGACCAGCAGAAACCUGACUCAAAACAGAAGGAGAAGAGCCGAGCUAAAGCAGAGGAGGAGCAGAGGAAAGGGCUGAUCCAGAAAUGGGACAAACGACAGGAGAAGACCGCAUCAUGGGGAGAUCCUCUUGCUUCAAUAAAGACAGGGGGGUCCUCACGCAAUGAGGUGGAGCAGGUGUGUGCCCGGCUAGCAGAGAGUGACCUCCCUGUGGCACAUAAGUACUGCUGCGUGUACCUGCCCGACGGCACGGCUUCCCUGAUGCCCGCGCGGACCGGUCUGUCCGUCCGCAGCAUGCUGAUGGGCCUGUGUGAGAAGAGGGGCCUCCCUCUCAAGGACAUCACCAUCCACCUGCAGGGCAAAGACAAGAAACCCCUCUCUCUAGACCAGGACAGUGCCGUGCUGAAGGACCAGCAGGUGGUUCUGGAGCUCCGAGUUACCUUAGCGGUGAGAAUUGUUUUCAUGGGGAAGACGGUGACAAUUGUGGCCAAGUCUAACAAGACUCUACAGGAAGCCCUCGCCACCAUUCUUCAGAAAUACAAUCUACGACCUCAAGAGACCCUGGUAACCAUGAGUGGAAGUGGCGAGAUCUUAAACAUGAACAUCGGGGUGACUUCUCUGGCCAACAAGACAGUGAUACUGGACAGAUCAAAAGCUCGAGACAUCCCAAGUGCUACCAAAGCACCAGUCACUUCCCCAGGGCUUCAGCAGAUGAGAAGAGGAGGCAUCGGAGACGUGGACAUAAGCUCCCCUGGGGCUGGGUACAGAACCAGAGGAAAUGCCAGACAGAGGAACCCUGGCCUGCGCAGAACUUACGACAUGGACGGCCUGGUGGAGCUGCUGAACAGAGCCCAGUGGUGCAGCGCCGAUGACCAGCGGGGGCUGCUGAGCAAGGAGCAUCUGAUGCUGCCCCAGUUCCUGCAGCAGCCCCUCCCCGAGGAGACGGCCGAGGAGGACGACCAGGACCUGGGGAACAGACUGGCCGAGGAGAGCCAGUCGGACUCUGGCUCCUCCAGCUGCCUGCCACAGGUGGCAGACCAAGGGCCUGUGCCCGGCUUCGCUUCAACCUCAGCUGAGGCCGAUGCGAUGCCCUCGCUGCCCCCUACGGGGGGGGAGGUUCCAGGCGAGGCCGGGUCCACAGAUGGACUGUCUGACAGCCAGAAUUCAGGCCCCACCCGAGAGACCGUGGUCUGAGGGCCAGCAUGCGCUUCAGCUGGACUGGACCGUGGUCUGAGGGCCAGCAUGCGUUUCAGCCCGACUGGACCGACGUGACAGCCCUUGGCGUAUUUUUACAUUAACUACAGUGACUGUUUGUUGACAAGACGAAUAUUUAUUUGGGGAAUGACUGGAAAUGUGAAAGAUGGAAGUGUUGUGCCACUUUGUAUUCAUUUUUGUUGAUUUUUCAUUUCCUGGGAGAUUCCAGAUAUCCCAGUGCGGCUGAAUAAAUAACAUAUUUUGUAUUGCGAUAUUCAGAUAUUGCUUACGUGGAGUAGAACCCAAAACUACUAAGAUGUUUUCAGAAAACGGUACAUGUCAAUCAAUGAACAGAUGGCACAGAAACUGGAAUGUCAAAAUACUGCACUGUAGUGUCUACUCUCUUUCUCUCUUUCUGCCUCUCGUGCACAAUGUCUCAUUCUGUCUGGCAGUCUUGGUCACUGCACUGUAAAGUUAUUAUGUCAGGGAUAAUGUCUUGUCCAUCGGUCAUUAUUGGAAAAUAACAGCACCCUGACGCGGAGGAGUGGACUGCAACAGGACAUGUCUUACAACCUUUAUUUAAGCUAGUGUGUAGAUGUGAUGGACAAACAUAAAAGUCAAUCAAGGCUCCCUCAAGUACUUGGGGUUUUCUUCUGAUGCAUAGCCUUGUGUUUGAAAUGAAGAACCAACCCUUGGGUGGAUUUGUAGCUGUGACCUGAGAGAGAGAGGACCUGCGCUCAUUGUGGGCAGGGUAAAUGUAACCUGUACUGAGACAAGUGUCUCAGUAUUACUUUAUCCUGCAGCAGGUCUAUGCCAUCACUACGGCUUCCAGAUGGCACUGAUGGUACUGGGUACUCUGGUCCAGACUCCGAUGUAUCGCAAGGGCAGAUGCCAGCUUAGCUGUGCGUGCCUUAGAAGUACCCUUACCUGGUGUUGAGAGUGAUAGAAGAAUAAAUAAAAUCUUCAUUUGAGUUUUA